AUGGCUGUCACCGCAACUGUCCAACCUUUGGCCGCUCCCGAAGGAUCCACCAUUGAUUUCGGAUCUAUCAUUACUGGAGUUGAUCUCGAGAACCUCUCGGAUGAGGAUUUUCAGCUUAUCCACGACACGUUAUACCGAUCCAGCGUCGUCGUCAUCAAAUCAAGGCCCGAUGUCUCCGCCAAAGCGCAAUAUGAACUCACUCGUCGCUUCGAUCCUUCCUCAACCGCUUACGGUCAUGGCAAAACUCUCGAUGCCAAACGCAGCAUUCUGCAUCCUGAUCUCAAGACAGUUCCACAUCAACCGCAAGUGCAAGUGAUUGGAAACGGGUUUGUCAAGGAGUACGAAGGCUUGAAGGAUAUCACUCUGCGCCACCCGCACCAUCGCACAUUCCAUCGUGAGGUCAUUUCCGAUGAAGACGAUUUCGAAUACACGCGAUUCUAUCGCUGGCAUAUUGAUGCAGCUCUCUACGACCUUGAUCCGCCAUUCGUGACAACUUUGCUGGCUGUGUCAUUGCCGUCGAAGCGUCGACAAACUCUUCGAUAUGACGACGGCUCUGGCGAUGUGCUCGAUGUCUCUUUGGGUACGACGGCAUUCGUCAGCGGCUACCAAAUGUACGAUAACCUAUCCGAAGAGGAUAAGGAGUUCGUUCGCACUAGCAAGAUUGAGUAUGCGCCUCAUCCAUAUAUCUGGAUGAGCGGUGCCCGUUCUCUACCCACUGGAUUGGGUCUCUAUUCCGAAGGACGAGAACUCGCCGAAACCGAGUUACCUCCCAUCGACCCUAGCAAGAUCAAAGUCUUCCCGAUGCUGUGGAAAAAUCCAGUCACGGGAAGAUUGGCUCUCCAAGUCCACCCAUCCGCUAUCAAGAAGAUCCAUCUAAAAGACGGCACUGUCAUUGACGAUCUUGAUAAAGUUCGCGAGAUUGUGUACCGUUUGCAGAGACCGGGCAUCAGUCCGCAGUAUGUUUAUGCGCAUGACUGGGAGGAGGGUGAUAUGGUAUUGUUCAACAACCGCGGGGUACUGCACUCUGUCGUUGGCGCUUUUGCUCCGGACGAGGUACGCUUAUUCCGGCAGUGCAACUUGUCUGCCAGUCAACCUCCUGUGGGUCCCUGA